UAUUAUAUUAGGUAAUAUAAAGGAAUAUAUAUAUGGUUUAACAUUAUAAAAUGUCAAAACACAACCAGUUGACUAAAGAGUUAGAAGAAUUAAAUGUAUUAAAUAGUGAACUUAAAAAUUUAAAGAAAACUGCAAGAGUGUACAGACAGCAGCCAAAUAGUCAUAUAUUCUUUCUUGAUGAUAUCAGCAAUGUGAAGUGUAAAACUAAAGGUAAGAACUUAUUUCAUAUGAAAAUUUAUACUAAAAAUUAUUUUAAUAUACAGUUGACCCCCCUAUAAUGUG